UCGUGAUUCUCUCCUAUAAUUUCAAUUUCAUCCGCACUGGUUUUUAGCCGCACCGCCGUGCUCCGCCGCAUAGAACCACCGGCUCCACCGCAAGGCAGUGGCAAUAUAGAGGAGGCCUUUCUCCGCGCUGAUUAAGUGGCGACAGCUGGACGUAGUUUUUGGAUUUGCAGAUUCAGUUUCCUCCACUGAUCCACGACGAUUCAGGCACAAUCAAAAUCGCGGCGUCGAAAUUUCUACCCUAGGUCCGAGUUCUCGUCUAAUUUCGUUAUCACUUUUUACGGAUUGGAGAUUAAGUUGAGAAAUUUUGCGAUCUGUGGUGUUAGGAACGUUAAGCGGUGACGCUCGGCUUGAUUUCAUUUUACCUUUUUCGGUUUUCCAUUUCCAUAUCCCCAACCCUAAUUUUCGGUAGUAAUAAGUACGGCAUCGCAAGAUUCGACACGCUAGAUUUCCUUUGGGAGCAGUAGUGGAAGCGAUGAUGAUAGGGGCCGUCCAGUUAGGGCUAUUGGCGGCCUGUGUAGUUCUGUUCGUGCCCAUGGGUAUGGCGGGAUGGCAUUUGAGUCGCAACAAAAUGCUCUUCUUCAGCUGCGCUCUGUUCAUCACUCUUGCUGUUGGUGUCCAUUUGAUGCCUUAUUUCCCUUCAAUUCCUUCAUUUCUAUCGCCCUCAGAUGUGAUUCCUCCACCGGCCACCAUCUACAGCGAUGCGUGUGUUUCUUUCCUCCAUAGUGUAGUUUAUCGAGAAUGCAGUGACAGCAUCGAUGAAGAUAGUCAUGAAAGUGGUUGCAAGUCAUGGGACUGGAUUAGAUCUGAUCAGGUAAAGGAGUGUGAGUUUCAGAAGCUGAAGAACUCCGAUGCAUCGGAUUUAUUGAAUGGAUCGUGGGUGGUUGUUGCAGGGGACUCUCAAGCAAGGUUAAUAGUAGUUUCAUUGUUGGAGCUAGUUAUGGGAUCCGAAUACAUCGAUAGUAUACGCGGGGAUCUGUUCAAGAGGCAUAGUGAUUACUCGGUGAUUGUUAACAAGAUAGGAAUGAAGUUAGAUUUCGUAUGGGCGCCGUACGUCGGAAAUUUGACCAAAUUCGUUUCAAGUUUGAAGCAAAACAAUUUUCCGGAUGUUCUAGUCAUGGGGGCGGCGUUGUGGGAUAUGCUGCACGUGAACAAUGCAACGGAAUACCGUAAUUCAUUGCGUGUGUUGAGAAAUAAUUUGCUGCCAUUUUUACCCGUUUCUUCAAAUUCAGACGGCGGAAAUGGAGGUGGAGGGGUAAGUGAAUUCAAAUCGGCCCGUUCAUUGCACUUGUUUUGGAUUGGGAUGCCGACAUUGAUAACUUCGAUGUUGAACACGGCUGAGAAGAGGGAAAAAAUGAGCGAGGCAAUGUGCAGUUUCUACGAUGAUGAGCUUUAUCGGAGUAAACUUUUGCGUCAAUCCGGUGGACCACUUCUGAAGCUUGAUAUUCGUUUGUUGAGUGACUUGUGUGGCCCUCACUGUACCGCUGAUGGCAUGCAUUAUAAUGCAGCUGUGUAUGAUGCAGCCGUUCAUAUAAUCUUGAAUGCCUUGCUCAUCGAAUCUAAUCAGAAACCACACUGAUACGAUUUUGGUUAUGGACAGAAAUUGAUUCUUUGUGAAGGAGUUAGAAGUUUUUGAAUUGAGAAUAUACACAGUACCGUUGACGUUGGUUCAAUCUUGUAUAUGCGGGCUUUGCAGGUUCUUCCACUAUUGACAUUUACGACACCGGUAUUCAAUUGUUGACAUCGGUUAGGUAAGUCUCGAGAAUUUAUCAUUGUAGUUUAGGUGUAGGAUUGGGUUUUUUUUAUUUAAUAUUGUGCUUGACUAAUACUUCGGGGUUGAAUUCUUAGUUAGAGAGACCAUUAUAUGUCACGUCCAAUUUUGAUGUGAAGAGAUAGUGUGCUAAGGGCAAUCUUCUUGAUCCACAAGAGGAGAUUAUUCCUUCAUUCUGUAUACAUCAUGAAAAUUUAUCUGAUUUUGCCUUGUUUUUCGAAAUUGUUCUUUGUUUCUUUGUUGCUCUUUGUAAUGAUUCUUGCAUGAAGUAAUGACACUUUUAUUCCAUAUUUGUA